AUGGCUCCUUCAGCAAUCAGCACGGGUAAUUCCCCCGAAGGACUCCGUCCUAUUACCAUCAAUGGCGACAAAAUCAUGUCAUCCCUCAAGAUGGAUAAUCUCACCCUCUCCCUCUCCCCCAACCAAACCCAAACCCACACCAGUACCCCAUCCCCCUCCGAAUCCCUCGACCUCAUCUGCGUAGGAUUUGGCCCCGCCUCCCUCGCCAUCGCCAUCGCUCUCCACGACACCUACUCCAAAUCCUCACUCGCACCCCCAAAGGUGCUCUUCCUCGAGAAACAACCCGAGUUUGCGUGGCACGCCGGCAUGCAACUCCCUGGUGCGCGAAUGCAAAUUUCAUUUUUGAAAGAUUUGGCUACCCCAAGAGAUCCCAGAUCGAAAUUUACUUUCAUCAAUUAUUUGCAUUCCAAGGGGAGAUUGAAUACGUUUAUUAAUUUGAGCACGUUCUUGCCCAGUCGCAUGGAAUAUGAGGAUUAUUUGAGAUGGUGUGCGAGCCAUUUUGAAAAGGAGGGCUGUGUGAAGUAUGGUGCGAAUGUGGAGUCGGUGGUUCCUUCGUCGCCUUCGGUUGAGGAUGGAAAGAUUGCUUCAUUUGCUAUUUCUUUCUCCUCGCCUUCCGGAGAGGUGGUCACUCAUGCUGCGAGGAAUGUUGUUAUAGCUGUUGGUGGAAAAGCAGUUAUCCCACCGGUUCUCAGGAACAAACCUUGCGUAUUGCAUUCUUCGCAAUUUGCAACCAGCAUUGGCAAGAUCGAAAAGUUGCAAAGGGAGAGCAGAAAACCGUUAAGAUUUGCGGUGGUGGGUAGUGGACAAAGUGCUGCGGAGAUCUAUAAUGAUUUGUGGGAACGUUUUGGUGAAGAGACGGGUGUUACUGUUAAGUUGAUUGUUAAGGGUCAGAGUUUGAGACCGAGUGAUGAUAGUCCUUUGUAUGUUCCCCUUCUACAUUUCCCAUUACACCUCCCCCAAACCACACCCAAAACUAACCCUCCAAGCGUAAACGAAAUCUUCGACCCGGACCGCGUCACCCCACACUACAACCGCCCCUCCCACAUCCGGGCCUCCGGCCUCGCCCUCGACCGCGCCACAAACUACGGUGUAGUCCGUCUCGAACUCCUCGAGCACCUCUACGAAAAACUCUACCUCCAACGCAUCAAAUGCGAACGCAUUGGAUCUCCUCCCCGCUCCGCCAUCAUCACCAACCGCCGCGUCACAUCUGCAAUUGCAUCGCCUUCCAACGACAGUUUACGUAUUAAAAUCGUCACUGAAGAGGGUAGUGAGAAGGAAGAGGAGGAAAUAGAUGUUGAUUAUAUUUUUGUUGCGACGGGGUAUCGGAGGGAUGCUCAUGUGAGUAUUCUGAGGGAUUGUGAGGAUUUGGCUACCGGGGAGGGGGCGAUGGUUAAGGGGGAGAAUGGAUUGGAGAAGGGUGUUUGGGAGGUUGGGAGGGACUAUAGGGUGCUGAUGGUGGAGGGGAGGGUGAGGGAUAGAGCGGGGGUUUGGCUGCAGGGGUGUAAUGAGUCGACGCAUGGACUCUCCGAUUCCCUCCUUUCAAUCCUUGCAAUUAGAGGUGGAGAAUUAGUAGAUAGUAUGUUUGGAGAACAACUUAAAGUUGCUAGUGCGUAG